AUGGAUUACCUCACGGAGUAUGUCUACAAUGAGACACUCGAUGAGAACGCCACGGAGAGCCUCAAUGGCACGGAGGGCGGCCAGCGGCACCAGUACAACUACUACGCCAUGCUUCUCACCCUCCUCAUCUUCGUCAUCGUCUUCGGCAACGUGCUGGUGUGCAUGGCGGUCUCACGGGAGAAGGCUCUGCAGACCACCACCAACUACCUGAUCGUGAGCCUGGCUGUGGCUGACCUGCUGGUGGCCACACUGGUUAUGCCCUGGGUGGUGUAUCUGGAGGUGGUUGGGGAAUGGAGGUUCAGUAAAAUCCACUGUGACAUCUUUGUCACUUUAGAUGUGAUGAUGUGCACUGCCAGCAUUCUCAAUCUGUGUGCAAUAAGUAUUGACAGGUACACGGCAGUAGCCAUGCCUAUGCUGUAUAAUACCCGCUACAGCUCGAAGAGGAGGGUAACAGUAAUGAUCUCGGUUGUCUGGGUCCUCUCUUUUGCCAUAUCCUGCCCCCUGCUAUUCGGCUUGAACAACACAGCCACCCGUGAUGAUUCCCUGUGUGUAAUCGCGAAUCCUGCGUUUGUCGUCUACUCCUCUAUCGUAUCCUUCUAUGUGCCCUUCAUCAUCACGCUGUUGGUGUACGUGCAGAUUUACGUCGUCCUUCGGAAGCGUCGAAAACGCGUCAACACCAAGCGCACUUUCCACGGGACUGACAUCGACGCUAACACUACCCUGAAGGAGAAAUGCACAAACCCGGAGGACGUGAAGCUGUGCACAUUGAUUGUGAAGUCCAAUGGAAGCUUUCCUGUCAGCAGGAAGAAAGUGAUCUUUAUUCAGGAGGUAGUGCAGAGGGGGGAGGACACGGAACUGGAUGUGAAGGCCAAUGCUAACCCCCCAGAAAAGAAGAAGCCCACCCCCAGUAGCUGUGGCAGCCCCCUGCUGUGCACACCGGAGACCCCCGACCCCUGCCAAAGCCUGACACCCUCCUCUGUGCCCGAAAGCCCUCUCAAAGCGGAGAAGAACGGGCACGCCAAGGAAGGGCAGCCCCCCAGAAUCGCCAAAGCCUUUGAGACUCAGGCCCUCCCCGAUGGCAAAAUCCACUCGUCUCUCAAGACCCUGAGCAAGAGGAAGAUCUCGCAGCAGAAGGAGAAGAAGGCCACUCAGAUGCUGGCCAUCGUGUUGGGUGUCUUUAUUAUAUGUUGGCUGCCGUUCUUCAUCACACACAUUUUAAACACUCACUGUACAAAGUGCAAGGUUCCAGCGGAGAUGUACAAUGCCUUCACAUGGCUGGGCUAUGUAAACAGUGCAGUCAAUCCUAUCAUCUACACCACCUUCAAUGUGGAGUUCAGGAAAGCCUUCAUCAAGAUCCUACACUGCUGA